AUGCUGGCCUUGGAAGAAUACUCCCGUGGCACAUCGCUAACUCGCGCGCUGCUUGUUACUGUCGGCAGUCCACUAUUAGUUGUCGCAGUCGUUUUGUUGCAAGAAAGUAUUCCGCUUCAAGACCCGGCAGCUGGUUGGAAGGCUAACUACGGCUUUUGGUUCCGCGUGGGGAUGGUUGGAAUUGCUGUCGGUAUUGCAAGCACCAUUCACAUGCGGUUCUGGAUAGGCAUUGAUGAAGUUUCUAUUCUACGCACUAUCUUAUAUUGCAUUGCUGUCGGGGUCGGCUACAUUUCGAGUGGAAUGGCGGUAGCGGCGGUGUGGGUAUUUCCUAUCCCAUUCUAUAUGUUCACGCUUGGUGGAUUAACUUCGCUGAUUAUAUUGGUUUACAUCAGGAUUGUGAUGGGGUCCCGUGCAUUUUGGGAAAUCUUUCAUCAGCACGAGCUACUUCGUCGAAUGAAGCAAAUCUCGAUAUUGCAAGCUUUCCUCUACGUCGUGUACCCUUUUUACCAAGUGCUUUUCACUAAGACAAACCACAGGAACUACGAGCUGCCAGUAAUUAUGCUACUCCCGGCAUUUCGGCUGGUGAUAAAG